AUGCCUGCAGCCAUCAAAGUAACUUUGGAUGACACACCGACAGAUACCACCACCCUGGAUGGGACAUUACCAGAAUGGGAGAAAACUAGCAGGGAUACGCAGACGCUUUGUUUUAGCAAGACGCCACAAGACCCUGGGAAGAAUUUUCCUCACACCAAACAAGUUGGGACUUACCUGGUGGGCAAAAUGAUCAACAAAGGCUCCUUUGCCAAGGUGAUGGAGGGACUACACAUCUCCACAGGGGAAAAGGUGGCCAUAAAAGUCAUUGACAAGAAAAAAGCCAAGGAGGAUUCCUACGUUUUAAAAAAUAUGAAACGAGAGCCCCGGAUACACCAGAUGAUUAAGCAUCCUAAUAUUGUUCAGCUAUAUGAGACAUUGGAGACUGAAAACUCCUAUUACAUGGUGAUGGAACUGUGCCUAGGUGGAGACCUCAUGGACAGAAUCUGUGACAAAAAGAAACUGGAAGAAAGGGAAGUAAGGGAAUAUACCAGGCAGAUCAUGUCUGCAGUUGACCAUCUGCAUCGCCAUGGGAUUGUCCACAGAGACCUGAAAAUUGAGAAUUUUCUUCUGGAUGAAAAUAACAACAUCAAAAUUGUUGAUUUUGGACUGAGCAAUACUAUGAAAUUUGAGGGUCUCUCUCAGGAGCUAUUGAAUACCCAGUGUGGAAGCCCAGCUUAUGCUGCCCCAGAACUCCUAGCUCAUAAGAAAUAUGGUCCAAAGGUGGAUGUCUGGUCCAUAGGAGUUAGCAUAUUUGCUAUGCUAACUGGCACAUUGCCUUUCAUCGUGGAACCAUUCAACAUCAAGCAACUACAUCAAAAGAUGGUCAAUGGAGAGAUCAGUCCCAUUCCAACUGAUAUGUCUUCAGGAGCUGAACACUUUGUGCAUUACCUACUUGAGCCUGAUCCUGCUAAGCGGCCUACUGUUAAAGAUGCCAUGAAAGACAAAUGGCUGAAUGAAGUAUUCAUCAGGAAACCACUGAACUUUACUACAUAUAAAAAUAGACUGUGUCCUGAUGAACUGAACCCUGUUGUUCUAAACUAUAUGACAGAAACAAUGGAGCUCAGGCUUUCAGAAGUUAUCAAUGUUUUGAUAAACAACAAGCCAUCUUCUAUCAUGGCUUCUUAUUGCUUAUUACUGAAGAAGUUAGUCAAGUAUCAAAAAGAAAAUGAAACAAUGAAGAGGGAAAAUGUAACAGAAAAAUGUGAUGGUAAACCUCCGACAAACUUGAAUCAGGAUGCAGAUAUUCAGAUUUCCCAAAAAGCUGAACUGGUCAAAACAGAAAACCUCAAUAAUUAUGACAAUCAGACAUUUCCUUCUGCACUAACCCCAGCAGUCCCAGAUGCCAUUCAAGAAGAUGAAAUUGCAAUUACUUUGGAAAACCAAGAACAUUUGCCAGAAGUUUCCAAUUUUGCAGAUAGAGAAUGGGUUCAUCUUGAACUUCCUAAAUCACCAGAUAAAAAUAUUUCAAAUGAGCCAAUGAAUCAACCACUUUUGGAUCUGUCCGAGACUGAGGAUUAUUAUAAAGACUUAGCUGAAGUGAGAAAAUCGUAUCUUCAUGAGAAACCCUCUGCUAUAUCAGCAAAUAACCCAACACAUUCUGCAGACCACCAGCCUCAAAGAUCUGCAAUGUCAUGUACAAGCAAAGUAACCCCACGGUUUCUAAUAGAAAAUAGAACCAUAGACCACAGUCCUAUGCCUCAUCAGGACACAAGAUUUAAAGACCUUCUCAAACCAAUGGAUGAAAAUAUACCAACCCCAACAUGGCUGCACUCAGAAAGGGAAAGUCCUAAUCUGGUAAUGAUGGAAAUGCCACAACUUUCUCCUUUGCCCAGGCUGAGACAAGCUGCUUUGAGAGACACCAUAGCUAAAAAGAUUUCAUGGAUGGGAACAUCAAAGCAACAAACUAGUGACUCUCCUCCACAUUUAGUUAGUGGCUCAAGACCACCAAUUUUCCCUAUGCCCCAACAACAAACACAUAUGGUGAAAUGUUUGAGGCAAUCUAAAGAAAACCCGAGAACCUUUUUCAAUAAUAACAUGAAGAUUAAGAGAAACUUAGUCCAACUCAAGCAUACCCAUAAAGUUACAGACCUGAGUCUUCCAUUAUUAUCUCCACCGUACCAAACCAGGUCAGGGAAAAAGUCUGAGAUUUUAAGGUUAGAUUUUGCAUAAAUAUAGUGCACAGCAAUAUAAGAAAAAAAGGGAGGAGGGGUGUGAAAGAUAGAGAAAAUAAUACUAUCUACAAAGUAUAAGGCUGAUAGCUUUUAGCUGAAUACCAUGAUGUUAUAAGUCUGUGUAAUGUAUAUGCAAUAUUUGAGGUUUCAAGAAGACGACUCACAAUAAUAGUUGUGAAUUUGUAUAUCUAUGUACAUGAAUCAACACACUAUUUGCAGCCGAACUGAAGAUCACUGUGUUAGCGCAAAAGAUCCAGAAAAUAAAACUGACUAAUCCAUUUUGAUUGUCCUAGCUAAAUAAGGAGGAAAAUGUAAACAAAUUGUUAUAAUGAUGGAAAACAAGAUUUUAAAAAUCCUCUUUGUGUUUUAACAAACAAUGGUGUUAGUAAGACAGGUCAGGAAUUUUUUCAUAUUUGCUAUAUGAAUUUUAACAAGACAGUGGCACAUUAACCCAUCAAUGGUCCAAAAGAAAGAGGACCAAAUUUGGCAUCCAACUUAACUGAUUAAUUAAUUAAUUAGAGAUGCACACAAAGUCAAUUUUUUCCCUUAUAUUUUAAAUUCCAAUGAUUCAUCCUCAUUGUUUAUAUUUCCUUUUUCUAAUUACUAGACUUUGGGCCUAAUUCUCGUCUUAUCCCAAUAUAAACUCUUUAAUUUCAGUGGAGUUACUCCUCAUUGAAACUUACGUGAGCACAAGGAGAAUCAAGUUUUGUGCUUGAAGCUUUGAAAUGUCCACUGUAUUUUAAAUGUAUUUUGCAUCAUGUUGAAAUUUGCUCUCCCACAUUUCUACCAACAUGACUACAAACAGAGAAUAUACUGGGAAGGUCUCUGGAGGGGAUAAAGAAUAAGUUUAAAUGUGAAAAAUCAGAAUAAAUUUAAUUCAAUACCAGUAUGUAUUGUGUGUAAG